AUGGAAUUGCUGUUCGAUCCAAGCAGAAAUCUUCAACACAGAUUUCAAAGAAGGCCGGAUGGAUCAUUCCAUAUAAUCACCAUAUCGGAGGUUGAACAACUGCCAGUUUUACAAAGGAUUCGUCAUGAGAAAAAACAACAAACCGGAAGCUAUUGGAUGAAAUCUAAAGUGAAUUUCGAUAAAGUCUGGUUUCGAUAUGCAAAAGACGAUUGUAGAAAACCUGAUCAUGCGAAAUAUGAUGUGGAUUUGGCUAGUAGCAGAAUGUAUUAUGUGAAGUUGAGAAUCCAGAAAAUACUAGGUGAAGAAAAGAUACUUGAUAUCGAUCAUCAGUAUUUCGUGGCAUGCGCUCGUACAUUAAAGCCAAAGCAAGAAACGAAAAAAGAAGACAAAAAGAAGAACGAGACGGCUACAAAUACAUUGCAACCCAAAGACCGGACACCUCGGAAAAGGAGAUCAAACGAAAUGAUGUCAUCUCCAAGCGAUAAUUUUCAAAUGUCACUAUUUGAUCAACCUGGCCAGCGAACGUUCAGUAGACAAUCGACUACUGUAAAUCCUAUCCAACUACCGCAGAUGAAUAUCGAUAUGAGAUCAAUAUUUGGAUUAUUUGAAGCUACACGAAAUAUCAAUUUUAAAAAUCUCCUAGGCGGAUUCGCUGAGCCGUUUUUGGAACAAGGACCCGGACAGUUUUUGAAUUCACAACCAGUCAAUAUUGAGCAAGGGCAGCGACAAAUGAUGCCAUCUACAAGCGAUAAUUUUGGAAUGCCCCUAUUAGACCUACUUAAGCCUCAAACACUCGGUGCAUUGCCAUCUACAGUAAAUCCUUUUCAACCGCAACAAAUGAAUAGCAAUCUGAUGUCAGCUCUUCAAACAUUCAUGGCUACACAAAAUAUUAAUCCUCAAAUGCUGCAAGGAGCCGGACAAUUUUCUUAUCUACCACCAGGCAAUAUUGAGCAAGGGCAACCACAAAUGAUGCCAUCUACAAGCGAUAAUUUUGGAAUGCCCCGAUUAGAUCUUCCUGAUCUACUUGAGCAGCAAGCGUUCAGUGCAUUUCCUCCUCCAGUAAAUCAAGAAACUAUCAACUCAAUUUGGCAGGCUCUUCGUUCAAUUUCUAACCAACCACAAGCCGGACAAGUUUUAACUGUUCCACCACCAGUCAACAUUGAACAAGGGCACAAGUUGUUGUGA